CGGCGUGCUGACGUCAUGCUGCGUGCGGGCCGGUGUGGUCGGUCCUGCGAGUCCGCGGGGCCCGAGUUAGUUCGCCAAGAGCCGGCGGGGCGCGCGACCCUGGUCCUCCGCCCGGCGCGCACGGGGCGCCCGCCGCCGCCGCCGCCCGGAUGGUGGACCUCCUGCUGCGGUGUCCGGCGCCGGGUGCGAUGGGGGAUCCGGCCAAGAAGAAGCCAGGCACCGCCACGUGCGUGGGCUGCGGGAGCCAGAUCCACGACCCGUUCAUCCUGCGCGUGUCCCCCGACCUGGAGUGGCACGCCGCCUGCCUCAAGUGCGCCGAGUGCAGCCAGUACCUGGACGAGACGUGCACGUGCUUCGUGAGAGACGGGAAGACCUACUGCAAGCGCGACUACGCCAGGCUCUUCGGCGUCAAGUGCGCCCAGUGCCGCGUGGGCUUCAGCAGCAGCGACCUGGUGAUGCGCGCGCGGGACAGCGUCUACCACAUCGAGUGCUUCCGCUGCUCCGUGUGCAGCCGCCAGCUGCUGCCGGGCGACGAGUUCUCGCUGCGGGAACACGAGCUGCUGUGCCGGGCCGACCACGGGCUCCUGCUGGAGCGCGCGGGGGCCGGCAGCCCGCGGAGCCCCGGCCCGCUCCCCGCGCGGGGCCUGCAUCUGCCAGAGCCCGGGUCCGGCCGGCAGCCCGCGCUGCGCCCGCACGCGCACAAGCCCGCAGAGAAGACAACCCGCGUGCGGACGGUGCUGAACGAGAAGCAGCUGCACACGCUGCGGACCUGCUACGCCGCCAACCCGCGGCCCGACGCGCUCAUGAAGGAGCAGCUGGUGGAGAUGACCGGCCUGAGCCCGCGGGUCAUCCGCGUCUGGUUCCAGAACAAGCGCUGCAAGGACAAGAAGAAGUCGCUGCUCAUGAAGCAGCUGCAGCAGCAGCAGCUCGGCGACAAGACGAGCCUGCAAGGACUGACCGGGACGCCGCUGGUGGCGGGCAGCCCCAUCCGCCACGAGAGCGCCUUGCAGGGCAGCGCGGUCGAGGUGCAGACCUACCAGCCGCCGUGGAAAACGCUCAGCGAGUUCGCGCUGCAGAGUGACCUGGACCAGCCCGCCUUCCAGCAGCUGGUCUCCUUCUCCGAGUCUGGCUCCCUGGGCAACUCCUCCGGCAGCGACGUGACCUCCCUGUCCUCGCAGCUCCCCGACACGCCCAACAGCAUGGUGCCGAGCCCCGUGGAGACGUGAGGGCCCGGCCGCGGACCGGACCGCGCAUGCUCCCUGCAUGACUCGCCAGCGCUCAGCUCAGCCCAGCGCCCCCGCCGCCGUCACUGUCAUUAUUGUUAUUUAAAGAGAAGCUUCGGAGAGAGGCGACCGGAGGGCCGCGAGCCCAGGGCGCACCGGCUUCCCGGGCCGGAGAGCCCCGCUCCGAGGACCUGCGUGUUCUCGGAACCAGACUUGGGGGUUGCCCAGCGUCAGCCCUGCCCUGUCCUCUCCCCGCGGCUGCGGGGGGACCCGAGGGGCUCCGACGGGGAGAGGCCGGAAGAGGCCGCGAGGAGCGGACCUCGGCCCCCCAAAGCGCAUGGCCGCGGGGAAAACAGAAUCGGGACUUACCUUGAACGCGUUUAAAUUAUCCGUCGACGGAGGACAGAGCGUGUGAGCCUUUGCCUAACAGAACGUAAGUUAUUGUUAUUUAUUGUAAGAACCGUCCGUUCGUAGUGGGACGACUAUUUUCAUCUUAAUAAAAAAAAAAUAACCGGACGCGAGCUGCUCCCGUGUGCCGGGCGCCGCGGGGUCGGGGCCUCGCCCAGUCCUCGCGCCUCGUGCGCCGCCGCCCCGCGUGUCCGCUCCCGACCGGCCGGGCGGGGACUGGGCGCCGCGCGGGGCGGGGCUGCGGCCG